AUAGUAUUUCUACUCAAAUUAUAAAACGACUCACUUCUAAAUCUCAAUGUUUUGGUACAGAAAUAUCACAAUUGCGUCAGAAAUCAACGGUCGAUUAUAGGAAUGUACCUGAAUUUGUGUUCGUAUAUUUUAUACAUUAAACAAGAAGACAUUGAAAAUUAGAAAACAUGUUGCGAUUUCUUCGACAUAGUCGGGUCAGAAUUUUGUCAUCGCAAUCGACCCCUCGCUGCCAGCAUGCAGCGCCACUAGUUCCCGCCGUUCAGCACCUACCGUCCCGCUUGUACAACGUCGGUCGAGAUGUGUAUGGCUAUCGACAAUCGGCAUGGCGGCCGCUGAAUUUGAUCGGCCUCCAACAACAAGCUGAGGGGAUCAAUACAGAUGAAGCUGCGAUACAGAAUAGGAUUCAGAAUGCCAAUCUACUACGUCUCGUAACAGCCUACCGGGAACAUGGACAUAAGAGGGCGACAUUAGAUCCUUUAGGCUUGUUGCAACUACAACCUGUGCCAGAGUUGGAGCCUCAUCUGUAUGGGUUAUCAUCAGAUAGCAGUGAAUCUUACAAUUUAACAGGUAUAGUCAACAUUGGGAAAGAGAAAGGAACAGUGCAGGAAGUCUUAGACCACCUAAAGAAGGCUUACUGUAGCAACAUUGCUGUUGAGUUUUCACACUUACUGACGAGUGAAGAAAGAGAAUGGUUUGGCCACCAAGCUGAAGAGAGCCCUCGCUGGACCGUAUCCAAUGCCACCAAGCAGAAGAUAGCACAAGUGAUGGCCGAUGCUCAGGCAUUUGACCAGUUUAUGACCACCAAAUUCGCUACUGUGAAGCGUUAUGGUGGAGAAGGAGCCGAGAGCAUGAUGGUCUUUUUCCAUCAACUCUUCACCCAAGCUGCAUCAGAUGGAGUGGAAGACAUUAUAUUAGCCAUGCCACAUAGAGGACGCUUGAAUCUUUUAAUGGGACCGCUCGGUUACUCGCCGAUGGUGAUGUUGAAGAAACUUCGGGGCAACCCCGAAUUUCCCCCACACCUUCUCUGUGUGGGAGACAUUCCCACUCAUCUCUGGACUACUGUGGAUCUGGAUGUGGAUGGAAAAGCGGUGCAUCUCUCUCUCAUUCCUAACCCUUCACAUCUUGAGGCUAACAUACCUGUUGGAAUCGGUAAAGCUAGAGGGCGCCAGAUGAGUAAACAAGAAGGUGACUACACUUUAGAUCCAUCAUUUGAUGGUUGCCAUGGUGAUAAGGUCAUAAAUGUUCUUCUUCAUGGUGAUGCUGCUUUUGUUGCCCAGGGAGUGAUAGCCGAGUGCUUUGCGAUGGCCAACCUACCUCACUAUGCAGUCGGUGGCUCCAUACAUCUGAUUGUCAACAACCAGAUUGGCUUCACCACGCCAUCCGAGAGAGGGCGCUCUUCUCCCUACAGCAGUGACAUUGCGAAAAUGAAUGGAAAUCCGGUCAUCCAUGUGAAUGGCGAGGACCCUGAGGCCGUUCUAUCGGCAUGCAGGCUAGCGGUGAGCUACAGGCAGAAGUUCAGGAAAGACGUGGUGGUCGACCUCCUCUGCUUCCGCCGCUGGGGUCACAACGAGAUCGACGACCCCUCCUUCACCCAGCCCAUCAUGUACGGCAACAUCAAGUCCAGGCUCAGCAUACCGGAUGCUUACAUACAGAAAACUGCUGAAGAGGGCUCUGUCAGUAAGGAGGAGGUUGACAAGAAUGUGUCGGAGCAGGUCCGGGAGUGGAACCGGUGUCUGAAGGAGGCGGACUCCGCCCCUGACCACGCCUACGAAUCCAUCCUUCAAGGCCCAUGGUCAUCGUGUGCACCACCUCAUUCACACAUUUCAUCAUGGGAUACCGGUAUUGAUUCAGAAAUGCUGAAAUUCAUCGGGGGAAAGUCAGUCGAGGUUCCUGAUGGAUUUAGUAUACACCCUCAUCUAAAGAAGACCUUUGUGGCUGCACGACUGAAGAGAGUAGAGGAAGGGUCUUCCAUAGAUUGGGCCACCGCAGAGAGUCUUGCUAUGGGAUCACUGCUAAUUCAAGGUUUUAAUGUGAGACUGAGUGGACAGGAUGUAGGACGGGGCACCUUCAGUCAUCGUCAUGCAAUGCUGGUGGACCAAGAGAAUGACUGCAUCCAUGUUCCACUCAACAACAUGGACCAAUCACAGAAAGGCUUUUUUGAGGUUGCAAACAGCCCCUUGUCUGAAGAAGCUGUGCUUGGCUUUGAGUAUGGGAUGAGCAUUGAGAGUCCUGACCUGCUAGUCUUAUGGGAGGCUCAGUUUGGAGAUUUCUUCAAUGCAGCCCAGACGAUCAUCGACACCUACAUCUUUCCCGGAGAAUUAAAAUGGCAGCUGCAGAGCGGUCUCGUCAUGCUGCUCCCUCACGGGUUCGACGGGGCUGGUCCGGAGCACUCCUCUUGCCGUCUGGAGCGGUUUCUGCUGCAGUGUGACAGCAGUGAUGAGAAGGUGGACGGAGACAAUGUCAAUGUUCAGAUCGCCAACCCCACCACACCAGCUCAGUACUUCCAUCUUCUACGGAGACAGAUGGUUCGAAAUUACCGGAAGCCUCUGAUCAUAGCCUCACCAAAGGUCCUCCUCCGUCUUCCAGCUGCCGCUUCAGACCUCUCAGAGAUGGGACCUAGAACUAAUUUUAGACCAGUCAUCGAUGAUCAGACUACUGAUCCUCAAAGUAUCCAGAAGGUUGUUAUAUGUUGUGGGAAGCACUACUAUGCUCUACAGAAGGAGAGGGAGAGCAGACAGGCUCAUCAUAUAGCCAUAGUGAGGGUAGAGUCUCUGUGUCCCUUCCCAGCUGAUCUCCUGCAGAGUGUGCUGAGUAGAUACCCUAAUGCCAAAGAAUAUUUGUGGAGUCAAGAGGAACACAAGAACAUGGGGGCGUGGUCCUUUGUUGCACCUCGAUUUGAGAACCUCGUUGGACACAAGCUUGCCUAUGCUGGAAGAGACGUUCUCGGAGUGCCUGCGGUUGGCACGGCAACGCUACACCAGGAAGAGGUCAAGCAGCUCAUGGUGCGAACGUUUGACCGGUAGUCGUCAAUUUGUAGAUGAAACAUUGUUUACGGAUUAGGAUACUAUUAACAUAUGGUCGGUAUUACAUUAAUACUGUAUCAUAACCAUGUGCAAAUAGGAUUUGGUUAUAGUUUUGUUUCAUUUUUAAAUAUUUGUUGGAGAAUAGCUCAUGAUGCAAACAUUGGUCUGGUAGUUUAAAUACCGUCAAAGAAACACCAACUCUAAUUAGGAUACCAGCACAAGCUAAGUAUGAUAGUAUUGGAUAAUAUAAUAGUGUGAACGUUUAAACAAGAUUUCUGUGAAAAAAAAUUAUAUUUGGCAUGUUAUCUCAUGCUAAAUAUUACCUUUAUAUUGUCUUUGUGCUCGUAGGAUUUUGGGGCUAUUAUAUGGGUGUGUGUGUGUGUGACUUUGUUUUUAUGUUUAAUUUUUUUUUGGGGGGGGGGGUUGGUGUUCCAUGAGGUUCUUAGCCUAUAGCUCUGCUGUGCUUGUUGGAUUUUUCUAUUCAUUUUUGGUUUGUUUUCUUUGAUUUUGAUAACUGUAAAAUGUUAUUUGUUUUUGUCAGUGCUCUGUGAGUUUCCUUGCCUGUCAUUCUACGAGCAUGACACAGUGAUCAUGACACAGUGAGAACUACCUCUUUAGUUGUAUUGGACAAUCGGUAGCUUAAACUUGAGCAGAUGUUUGCAGAUCAUUCUGUUGGCAUGAAUCUGUCUCAUUUCAUUAACAUUAAUUGAUUUUUAUUGUAUUUCGAUUAAAUUUUGAUUUCUUUCUGGCUUCAUGAGUCUACUACAAGUUAAUGAUGUGCAAUUAUAUUCAAAGUGUCAAAAUAUUUGUAAAAACGAUUAUGAAAAAUGCAGUUCAUCCAAAAAUAUAGAUAAAUAAAUAAAUAGAAGAGAAAAAAUAAAGCAAAUAGGGGAAAAGGAGAGGAAAUUUUAGAGUUCUAUUUUGUUGCUGAUUGUUUUUGCCAAUUUUAAGUAUGAAGAUACUUAUUUUCCCCCCAACGGCAAUGAAAAGUUAUGCAAAAGUAUGUUGUUGUUUUUUAAACUAUAGAUCCAGUGACUAUGGAAAUAAAUAGCAUUGAAUAUGAAGGAGGCAGGCAGCAAAUAAUUGUCCAAUAGGGCCAUCUACGAUGCAUCUAGUUGACUAUAUGCCUAAAUUGCUGCAACAGUGUGAUAUCAAGCAAUAGGUUUAUUAUUUCUGUAUCAAUGCAAGCUGUAGAUGAAUUCAAUGAUCUGUAUGUACGGUAUUCAUAUAUGCAACUGAAAUUAAACUUGAAUAUAUUUUUUGUCUUUUAAAGAGAUAUAUAUACAUUGUCCUGGACUAGUCUCAUGUGUGUGUGGGAAUAGUAUAUCUUUAUUUUCCAUUGCUCGAAACCCUAAAUUGCCACAUUGUUUAGAAAAUAUACAUUUCCAUUGUACUUGUGACAAAGGUUGACUUUGGCAAUCCAUCAUUUAUUCCAUUAGUUGACCAAUGCCAGCAAAGAGUUAACAAACACUCAUUACUGUUUAAGGACAAAUCAAUAACUACAUGUAGGAAUAUCUAUGUGCAUACAUGUACAUAAUUCAUGGUAUAAAUGUUUUGUAAGAAUUUAUUCAAGCAAAAUUAAUGUAAAGGUGUGCAAUAUACUAAGUAAUAACUUUGAAAACAGAAUAUUAAAAGAGUCUCCUAUCCCCAUUUUGAGCCUACAUGUAGCAGCUUUAUUGCAUUUUCCAAUGAUAUAAUUUGUCUGUUCAGAGCCAAUAGGGCAUUAACUCUGUGUUCAUGUAUAUGAGUUUAAUAGCACCCUUCUGGCUCCAAAAAGAUGUUAUAUUGAUUGAUAUUCUAGUAAUCUAAUGUUGAUGAAAAGAAAUUUUAUUUCAUUAUUUCCAUCACAUUUUAAAAGGGGAUCGAUCGUAAACUAUGUAAAGAGUAUCACGAGUAAGUGACGAGCAUGACAGACAAAAAUUAGCAGGCAUUAAAUACCUUUUUCAUCAUUAGCGAUAGGUGUAUUCGAAUCUUACACCUAAAAUAGUGCUGACAUAUUUAUAUAUAUAUAUAUAUAUAUAUAUGCUUGGCUGUUUUGUCUUACCAGGGUAUGUAUUAUUAAACAUGUAUGUGUAAUAUAACAUUAUACUCUUGUUAACAUCAUGUCAUUUUUAUCAAAUUGUACGUUAUACAUUUGAUGAUAUAUUGUAUCUUGAAACCAAAGUAUAUGUACACUAUGAAAACCCCGUACAAAUCAUCUUGAUUGUAUCUUAUUUGUGUUUUGUCCGACCCUCGUUAUAUCUUGAAAUAAUCUUAUUUGCCACUUGGACAAAAUCUCAUGGGCAUUUUCGUGGCUUUGUGAAACAGAACAAACCUAGACAUUUUCAAAAUCUGUCUGAAGAGACAUACACCAAAGAAUCAUGAUUUUAUAAGAAAUUGCAUGUAUUCAACUUUGGAUUAUGAGAACUUUCAUACAGAUACACUAAAAAGUUGGACUACCCCAUGCAUUGAUAUGUUAUACCGGUAUGUGGAUGUAGAAGUGCUGCGAUUAUUUUGUACUUGAGAAACAUGUAGUGUGCACUAGACUGUGCAGUUGUAUCAUGUUCUUAAGAUCUUCAUAUUUUCUAAAAAUAGGGUGAAACAUUCUAUACAAGAAUCUUAUUUGAAGAUUACAACACUGUAAAACCCAAGAGUGGUUCAUUCACACAUGAUUUUUUGUUAAAAUGAAAGUAGAGAUUAGCAUGUGUUUUGUGGUAGAAUUUGAAUUUUCCUCCCAUUUUUGCAUGACUUUGAAAAAACACUGCUUUUUUUUGGGGGGGGGGGGGAUGGAGGGGUAUGAUAUGCCUAUUUAAUAUUCCUACUACAUGUAUUAUUGCCCAUUGUAAAGUUACUGUCUUUUCUAACAAUGUGAAUUAAAUUACAGUUUCAUGUCAGUAA